AUGGAUCGCUUCGCUCAGGAACUGCUCAUCGAGUCCUGGAUCCUCUACGUGAUCGGGAUCUUCUGCAUUGGCUGCCGACUAGCCUCCCGACGCAUCGCCAAACAAUCAUGGGGGAAGCUCGAAGUCGACGACUAUCUGAUGUGUCUCGUGGUGGUCACCUUUACCGGGGUCAUGGUCUGCGUCAACCAGGUCUCCAUCAACGGUAGCAGCUACAUGUCCCCCGAGGUUGCCGCCACCCUGACGCCGGAAGCGCGUCGGUCGGCGGUCUGGGGAAGCAAGAUGACAUUUGCCCUCGAGCACUUUACGCUGAGCUCGUUGUGGCUGGUCAAGGGGUGUUUGUUAUUGGUGUAUAAUCGAUUGACGUUAGGGCUGCGCGAGCAUAUCGUCGUCAAAGCUGUAGCGGUCUAUGUCACGGUCUCGUUUGUCGUAAUUGAGAUUCUGUUCUGUGCGGUCUGGUGUGGCCCUCCCAUCACGAUGUAUUGGGAUGUGCCUGCCAAGGAAGAGCAAUGCGCCAGUUACUAUAACCACCUCAUAACCAGCACCGUGUUCAACAUCUCCUCCGAUCUGAUGAUGCUGUGUAUUCCUUUGCCACUGCUUGUGCGCUCCCGACUACCUUGGAAGCGAAAAAUUCUCCUCUGUCUAGUCUUCAGCUUAGGCGUCUUUGUGGUCCUUAUGGCCAUCCUCAAUCGCUACUACAACUUCUCUGAGCAGCACACCCUAACCUUCCUGAAAUGGUACGUCGCCGAAGUCUCCACCGCAGUCUACGUCGGCAACCUGCCCCUCCUAUGGCCUCUCCUCAAACGCGUCUUCCACCUGCACACCUUUGCCCAGUCCCGUCCCACCAAGAGCAUCUCACGUCCCAGCGCCUACCCAGCUUCACGAUCCCGCGGUCUCACCUCCCGCGGGGUCCCAGCCAGCUCAACCGAAUCCAUUCUCCACGAGGCCGACCCACCCGGCAUCGACAAGGCCGGCGUCAGCGACUUUGAACACGGGAUGGAGCUGACGCCGAUCCAAGAGCGAGCAUACCGGGCAAUGAUAACAGCCGAGCGGGGCCAGUCGCCUAUCAAAGACAAAGGGACGGCUCGGGAGGGUAAUGACUCUGGCGAAAUGGGGAUCGUGCGGACGGUGGAGGUGCUUCAAUAUAGGGAAUGAUAUCCUUGCUAGUCGGGGUCCACUUAAUUUACUUUUC